CUUAGUAACGCGGCGUCCGUCGAACCGCGAGCCGGAGCGAGGCUGAAGCUUUCCAACGAACAAAAACACGGUGGAAAUACUUGUUAUCGCUUCACAUGGGGAGCUGAAGGGAAACCAAGAUGAUGUGCGCGCUUUACGGAAUGCCACUGUUUCCAGUUUUGGAGUUCCUUUUGGUCGCGGUCGCUUUGGCUCAAGGAAACGAGUUCACGGUCGCGAGGGACCCGCGUGCUGCUGUGGAGAACCGGCUGGAGCCGCUCGGUGGAGGCACGGCCAUCCCCAAUCACUUACCAGGGGAGAACCCGGAGUUAGCACUUUUCACUCCCACAGCUCCAUUUAUCACAACAAAGGAGAGCAGGACUGCUGGUCAAACCAACCAGCUGGUGUCUACUGCUGCUUUGGUGACAACCACCUUCGCUCCUUCACCCAAAACAAUGGCUCCAACAACAGAUAACGGCAGGGACGUAGGGUUAGCCGACAAGACCACACUCUCCGCGGGGUCACUUACUACAGCUAAACCUAGUUUUACAUCUCCUCCACCAGAAAACUCGACCAUAACGACUAAAAAGGAUUCUACUACUACUACCACCACCACCACCACCAACUCGUGGACGGUGAAAAGCACCCCCUCAGCCACCCUCACCACUGAGAAAGGGCCUCAGUGUAACUGCAGUGCAGAGGGCACAGUGGACCCUCUCAGCUGUGACCCAGUGACCGGCCAGUGUGUGUGUGUGGCGGGAUACUCCGGGCUCCAGUGCGACAUAUGUGAAGACCGAUACUUUACUAAUGGCACCAGCGGCUGCCAGCCAUGUGGCUGUGACUCGUACGGAGCUGUCGGACCACUGUGUGAUAACUCAGGAGUGUGUACAUGUAAAACGGGAGUGUACGGAGACAAGUGUGAUGACUGUCGUCCAGGAUUCUUCCUUUUCAGCAGCACAGGAUGCCAACCAUGCCAGUGUAACAAUCACACCAGCAACUGCGACACACAAUCAGGCAUAUGUUUGAACUGCCAGGGCAACACCAGAGGUCCUAACUGCGAGGAGUGCAAGUAUAACUUCUACAGAGAACCAGGCUCUGCCCUAACUGAAGUCUGCCUGCCCUGCCCCUGCUCCAGUGUCACCUCCACAGGCAGCUGCACUCUCGACGAUAAGGGCCAGCCGGUGUGUGACCAGUGCAAGCCAGAGUACCACGGUCCCCACUGUGAGCAGUGCCGUGAUGGUUUCUACAACGCUGACAGCAUCUGCGUCCUAUGCAACUGCAGCGGAAAUGCCGAGCCAAGCAGCGUGCCCCGCAUCUGCCACCCAGACACAGGCGACUGUCUGAGGUGCAGCCACAACACAGCAGGACCUCACUGUGAACGCUGCGCAGAGGGCUUCACCAGGGACACCUUGUCCAGAAACUGCACGCCCAUAGUAUUGCCCACUCCUGCCCGGACAUCUACGAUGACCCCCAGUCCAAACGGCACAGAACAGCUCCCCACUUUCUCCACCGCACUCAUCUCCAGCUUGGCCAGCCCCACAGCCAAUGGCACAUCCACCACUGCUGCUGAGGUUUCCUGGGCCCAGUUCAACGUCAUUGUGCUUGCUGUCAUCAUUGUGGUGCUGGUGGCCCUCAUGGGUGUAGCAGGGGGAGUGUACACUUACCGAGAGUACCAGAACCGCAAGCUCAAUGCCCCCUUCUGGACCAUCGAGCUGAAGGAGGACAACAUCAGCUUCAGCAGCUACCAUGACAGUAUCCCCAAUGCUGACGUCUCAGGCCUACUGGAGGACGAGAUGAGCGAAGUGGCCUCAAACGGACAGUUAACACUCAGCAGCCCAGGAAAUUUGUUCAAGGCAUGACAGGCAGUAUGCUCCACAGGGCCAGCAGGGGGUCCACAACGGGCCCAAAUUGGCCAGAGCUGGGACCCUUGUUCUCCGGACAGCUUCAUUUGUUUAAUCUUCAACUUAUGGCAGGAGAAAAACAGAAAAGAUAUGCACUGAAGAUUUUGUUCUUCCUGGAUAAAUAUAUGUGCACACACACACACACACACACACACACACACACACACACACACACACACACACACACCCCUAAAGAAAAAGGGGUUGCACAAAGGAGAACAAGACAAAAAGCAGGUUGAGGAACAUCUUCUGAUGGCGCUUAAAUGUUGAGCAUGUGGUUAGGACAGGAAGAUGUGAUACCUAGCAGGCAAAGAAGCCAGACAUUCAUGUCAACAGCGGUACUCAGACAGCCAUUGUCCUUUCAGUGGCGUUGAAGCUGGCACAGACAUACAAAUGCUAAGCAGUGUUGACUGAGACAAAGGUAUGUCUGCAUUACCAAGUUUACUAAUAUUAAUAAUGUCACAAAUUGACACAAGGCAUUCCCAAAUGCACAAGACAAGAUGCACAUUACACAUUUAGAUCAACACCUCAACCUUCAGAAUAAUACUGAUUUGCAUUUGUAUUUUUGCUAUGUAUCACCAUUGGUCAGCAUGGAUUACUUUCAAAAUCCAGAAAAAAGUCAGUAUAUUAAAUUAUGCAAACAUUAUUUUUAAUCACUCCCUACUACCCCUCCUAAAACUUGGAAGCAUGUGAUAGUACAUGCAUGCCUGUAGGGGGCAGUGUUUGAACAGCAACUGAAAUCUCGACCGCUGGUCAUAUCUGACACUGCCUGAUGCCUGCCCAGAUGAUCUUUUAGAAGAUACACUACACAAUGUCCUUAAUAUUGACCUAAGAGACGGACAGCUCCUUUCUGUGUGCCACAAUGGAGGACCACAUUAUGAUGCUGCGUGUUUUUUGUUUUUUUAGAGCACAGAAUUAUAUUUAAUUUAUUUAAGUGAACCUCAUGGUUGACUAAUGAAUGGUCAUUACAGGACAUUCACGGAGCUUUCCCGCAGCGACGUCCACUUUGAAAAAGCACACAGGUGCAUUUCAGAGAACUCAUAACAAGAGUGCAUAACAAGGAGAUGAGAGGAGCUUAGCUUUGCGAAUGAUUUUCACACCUGUUCCAGACUGUUCCAGGAACCAACCACUACAAUAGCUUUCACACCAUCGCCUCCCAUCAGAAACGUAGAGUGCUGAGCAUGUAGGUGGAUGCAUUUGCAUGGAAGAGUGCUUGUCAGCCCUUUGGCACCUGUAAGCCAGGCCCAGCCAAGUGUGUUCGUGCUCCUCAGAGUGUGAAUGAGUGAACAGAGUAGUAGUGAUUGCGUGAAAGCGAGCAGGGAAGUGACAGAAUGAAUGAUAGGUCAUCAGAGGUAGUAAUCAAAGAGGGAAAAUCUCUAAAGGAAGGCUUACUGAGUGAUUUCACUAAAUUACUGACUGUGUGCAGGGAGGGACUUGAAAGGCCUUUGUCAGUGUAUAAGCAAGAAAAAAAGUGGGCAAGUAUGUUUUUAUUGGGUUUUUUUUUUUUUGUUGUUGUUGUUUUUUUUUUUUUAAAGAAAACAGUUCAGUAUCAGAGCAGCACCACUCACCUCGGUGCUGGUUUUAGCAGACUAAAUUAACCCUGUUAACUGACAGUAUUUGAAGCAGUGAGCACUGUCCUGAAUAAGCAAUCACUUUGUAUCUUCCACUACUUUUCCACUAGCUCUCUCUUCUCACAUUCAGGUACUCCCCCACAUGGGGCAUGUUCAUACUUGUAAAUAAUGGUUGUACAGAGAAAUGAAGUUGUAAAUAAAGAAGCUGCUAUUGUAUAGGUACAGUGGGGGAGAUACCAAUAUACACAUGCACACAUCUCGAACUGACAAGAGAAGACAUUUCAAAGUUUCCCUGGCCUUAAGCAUUGUCUUAAAUUACAGCUUUGGGCACCAUACACCCAACCACAACUAAUUCUGGGAAUGAUUUAAAUAAAAUUUAAUUUUAACCUAC